AUGAGUUCCAAGUUGAGAAGGACGGAGGCUUUAAACAAAGACAGUAACGGGCUUGACCAAGAUACUUUACCAGAAAUUAAUGACAAUGAUAGCGUAGAAGAAAAAGAAGACUUAUCCAAAGAAAAAGAAGCAAUUACACCAGCUACAAAAAAUUGCUCUAGCUUCAAAUGUGCUGAAGCUGUUAUCAUGCCAAUUGUAUUUACUGGUUUGGCAUUUUUCACAAGAAUGUAUAAAAUUGGUGCCAAUAACCAUGUGGUUUGGGAUGAAGCCCAUUUUGGUAAAUUUGGAUCAUAUUAUUUAAGACAUGAAUUUUAUCAUGAUGUCCAUCCACCAUUAGGUAAGAUGUUAGUCGGUUUCUCUGGUUAUUUAGCUGGCUACAAUGGUUCUUGGGACUUCCCAUCUGGUGAACUUUACCCAGAUUACUUAGAUUAUAUCAAAAUGAGAUUAUUUAAUGCAUCUUUUUCAGCCUUAUGUGUUCCAUUAGCCUACUUCACUGGUAAGGCAAUUGGUUUCUCUCUCCCAUCUGUUUGGUUAUUGACUUUGUUGGUUUUAUGUGAAACGUCAUACGCUACUUUAGGUAGAUUCAUCUUACUGGAUUCUAUGCUAUUGUUCUUCACAUUUUCUUCUUUCUUUUGUUUUGUUAUGUUCCACAAUCAAAGAAAAAAUCCAUUCUCUAGAAAAUGGUGGAAAUGGAUGGCUUUAACUGGUCUAAAUUUGGGUUGUGCUAUUUCUGUUAAAAUGGUUGGUUUAUUCAUCAUUACCUUAGUUGGUAUCUACACCGUUGUGGAUUUAUGGAAUUACUUAGCCGACAAAAAAAUGACUUGGAAAACUUACUGGGCCCAUUGGUUAUCUAGAAUCGUCUGCUUAAUCUUUAUUCCAUUAGUAGUUUUCAUGAUCUGCUUCAAGAUUCAUUUUGAUUUACUAUGGCAUUCUGGGACAGGUGAUGCUACAAUGCCUUCUUUGUUCCAAGCCAAUUUGGUCGGUUCAGAAGUCGGUAAGGGUCCUCGUGAUGUCGUUGUUGGCUCAUCUAUCGUCUCCUUGAAGAAUCAAGCCUUAGGUGGUUCUUUAUUACAUUCCCAUGUUCAAACUUUCCCAGAAGGUUCUAAACAACAACAAAUCACCUGUUAUGGUCACAAAGAUAGCAACAAUAAUUGGUUAUUCAAAAGAGUCUGGGAUCAACCAGAUUACUCAGAAGAAGAAGAAAAUGAAUUUGUUGUUGAUGGUGCUACAUACAGAGUUGUCCAUUUAAAUACUGGAAGAAAUUUACACUCUCACCAAAUUCCAGCUGCUGUUUCUCAAACCUCAUUCGAAGUGUCUGGUUAUGGUAAUUCUACUAUUGGUGAUGAAAAGGACUACUGGGUUGUCGAAGUUGUUAACCAAAAAGGUAAAGAAGAUAAGACCAGAUUACAUCCAUUAACUACUUCUUUCCGUUUAAGACAUAAACAAUUAGGCUGUUACUUGAGUCAAACUGGUGCCAAUUUACCUGAAUGGGGUUUUAGACAGUCUGAAGUUGCUUGUGUUCCAUCUCCAUUUAAACGCGAUAAGAGAACUUGGUGGAAUAUUGAAACCCACGAAAAUGAAAAACUUCCAGAAUCAACAGAAGGUUUCAAAUAUCCAAAGACUAACUUCUUUACAGAUUUUGUUUACUUAAAUUUAGCUAUGAUGGCUACUAACAAUGCUUUAGUCCCAGAAUCUGACAAAUUCGAUAGAUUAUCUUCUGCUGCUUGGCAAUGGCCAACCUUAAACAUUGGUUUAAGAUUAUGUGGUUGGGGUGAUGAUAAUCCAAAAUACUUCUUAUUAGGUUCUCCAGCAACUACUUGGCCUUCCACCGCUGCAGUUUUUGGGUUUAUGGCUUUCUUUAUUAUUUUAACUUUAAGAUGGCAAAGACAAUACAAAGAUUACUCUGAUGCAAAGAACGUUAACACUUUCUUAAUGGGUGGUAUCUAUCCAAUGUUUGGUUGGGGUCUACAUUUCAUGCCAUUUAUUAUCAUGGCUAGAGUCACCUAUGUUCACCAUUACUUACCAGCUUUAUACUUUGCAUUAAUUGUUUUAGUAUACUUCUUCGAAAUCGGUACUCAAUGGGUAUCUCAUAGAAAGAAUGGUUGUUUAAUUAGAGCUGCCAUUUUUGGGGCUUAUUAUGCAGCUAUUAUGUAUAUCUUCUACCUAUUCUCUCCAAUUUCCUUUGGUAUGGAAGGUCCUGCCAAGGAAUAUAGCUACUUAGCUUGGUUACCAAAAUGGGAUAUGGCUGAAGAUAAAUUUUAG